AUGGUUUCAAUAACAUUGCCAAUGGUUGGAAGAUUUGCUAAACUUUCUUUAGAUCAUUUUUACAUCAGCACCCGGACAAUUUUAAGCAGUAGGGCGAGAAAUAAUUUAGUGCUUGGUAAUGAUUACCAAAAAAAUAAAUUCAGUACUGAGGCAAAAAAAGCCGAUCAAGGUAGUUCAGCACCACCGGUUGAUCAGCUGACAGAAAAUGAAGCCAAGUUGAAGUCAGAAUUGGAAUUAUUAAGUUCCGAGUUGAGUGAAGUGAAAGAACGUUUCAGUGACUUGGAUGACAAGUACAAGCGAGCGUUGGCUGAUAGAGAGAAUUUAAGGGUCAGAUUGACCAAGCAAAUUGAAGAGGCCAGGACAUUUGGGAUUCUAGGAUUUUGUAAGGACUUGAUCGCAGUCGCUGACACUUUGAGCAAGGCUACUGAAAGUGUCCCUAAAGAUCAGCUGACUGAGUCCAAUCAGCAUUUGAAGAAUUUGUAUGAAGGUUUGAUACUUUCUGAAGCGGAAUUACAUAAGGUGUUUACCAAACAUGGGUUGAUUUCAUUGAAUCCUCUGGAUGAGAAGUUCAAUCCUCAAGAUCAUGAAUCGUUAUUCCAACAGGAGGUCCAAGGCAAAACCCCAGGCACCGUAGUAGUAGUCUCUAAAAUCGGCUAUAAAUUACACGACAAGCUAGUGAGGCCCGCGCAAGUUGGAGUAGCUAAAGGUUAA